CGCAGUUGCGCUGGCCGAGCGAUAUGCGGGGUUACUAUCGAUAAGCCAGAGGCAUCGAUUUGCUCACAUUUCUUGGGUGUUUUAGCGUGAAAAAAACGCCUAAAUAAACGAAUCGGCAGCGUGUCAGGCAAGAAAGUGCAACCAACGGAUCGCCGUUCGCGACGCAGUCGAGGAUUGGAACAGCAGACACCGUCGAAGGUGGCGAAAAACGUCUCAGCAACCGCCAGCCGUCGCAGCGGAGUGUUUACUGGGAGAGGGGUGCAGUGGAGGAGCUGUGUGGGCGCGUGCGUGUGUAUGUGUGCGCCAGUGAGUGGGGCAGAGGCAGCGGCAGAGGAGCAGCGGCGGAUGUAGCUCGUUGCCCGGACCCCGUAGUGGAUACCACGAAGUGCUAGCGCAAACGUACGCAGUCCAACUUUGAGGCACAAAGAAAAUAAACACUGGAAACCGAAGACGAGGCCUUCUGGAACUGGAACAGCACUGCUCAACAGCCGCAGCCGCGUCGGUGACCGCACCCUAAUGUCAAAUAGCCAAGCGAAUGCCGGCAUCAGCGGUAGCGCGGUAGCGGAUGAACCCAUCCAGCACCACCCCUCCUUGGCGGCCGGUCCCGUAAGUGCAUCCUGCCCAGCAGCGACACCGCCGUCGCAGUCGACGCAGCAGCCCCCGCCGCACAUAGUUGGUGCCUCAACAGCUGAUGCGGGCAGCAGCGCUGCGGUCGGCGUCGGCGUCGUCGCUGGCAGCGAAGGCGUCAAUCUGGACUCGUCGCCACGCGAAUCCGGGGACGAUUCGGAGGAUGAGAGCGAGAUUCUGGAGGAGUCGCCAUGCGGACGCUGGCUGAAGCGACGCGAGGAGGUGGAUCAGCGCGACGUGCCCGGUAUUGACUGCGUCCAUCUGGCCAUGGACACUGAGGAGGGCGUAGAGGUCGUGUGGAACGAGGUGCAAUAUGCCAGCCUGCAGGAGCUGAAGUCGCAGGAGGAGAAGAUGCGGCAGGUGUUCGACAAUCUGCUGCAGCUGGACCACCAGAACAUUGUCAAGUUCCACCGCUACUGGACGGACACGCAGCAGGCCGAGCGUCCCAGGGUGGUCUUUAUCACCGAGUACAUGUCAAGCGGAUCGCUGAAACAGUUCCUCAAGCGCACCAAGCGCAACGCCAAGCGCCUACCGCUGGAGUCGUGGCGCCGGUGGUGCACUCAGAUCUUGUCCGCACUCAGCUAUUUGCAUUCCUGCUCGCCGCCCAUCAUCCACGGCAAUUUAACCUGUGAUAGCAUCUUCAUCCAGCACAACGGCCUGGUCAAGAUCGGCUCGGUGGUCCCGGACGCGGUCCACUACAGCGUUCGGCGCGGCCGAGAGCGAGAGCGUGAACGCGAGCGAGGCGCCCACUACUUCCAGGCGCCGGAGUACGGCGCCGCCGACCAGUUGACCGCCGCCCUCGACAUCUACGCCUUCGGGAUGUGCGCCCUGGAGAUGGCCGCCCUGGAGAUCCAGCCCAGCAACAGCGAGUCAACUGCCAUCAACGAGGAGACCAUCCAGCGCACAAUCUUUAGCCUGGAAAACGAUCUGCAGCGCGACCUGAUACGAAAGUGUCUCAACCCGCAGCCGCAGGACCGACCCAGCGCCAAUGAUCUGCUCUUUCACCCACUGCUUUUCGAGGUGCACUCCCUCAAACUGCUGACUGCCCAUUGCCUGGUCUUCUCGCCCGCCAACCGCACUAUGUUCUCGGAAACCGCCUUCGACGGCCUCAUGCAGCGAUACUACCAGCCGGACGUGGUUAUGGCCCAGCUGCGGCUGGCCGGCGGCCAGGAGCGUCAGUACCGACUCGCAGACGUUUCGGGCGCCGAUAAGCUGGAGAAGUUCGUCGAGGACGUGAAGUAUGGUGUGUAUCCGCUAAUUACGUACAGCGGCAAGAAGCCGCCAAACUUCCGUUCCCGGGCAGCCUCCCCGGAGCGGGCUGACUCUGUAAAAUCGGCCACGCCGGAGCCUGUGGACACGGAGUCGCGGCGCAUCGUUAACAUGAUGUGCAGCGUUAAAAUCAAGGAGGAUAGCAAUGACAUAACCAUGACAAUACUGCUGCGCAUGGACGACAAGAUGAACCGCCAACUGACAUGCCAGGUGAACGAGAACGAUACGGCGGCGGAUCUCACCAGCGAACUGGUGCGGCUCGGUUUCGUCCACCUCGACGACCAGGACAAGAUCCAGGUGCUGCUGGAGGAAACGCUUAAAGCGGGCGUUAUGAGCGACGGUGCCGGUGCAGAGAGCUCCGGUGCGGGGGUGACGACCACGGCGACCAUGGCGGCCUUGGAGCAGCUGGAGCGAAACUGGUCGAUAUCCUCGGAUGCAGACAAGCAGGGCACUGCCGUGAUGUAUGUACCGCAGGAGCAGCAGCAGCACCAGCACCACACGGACGGGGACGUCGACGUAGAACUCUCGGGCACGACGAGCAAUUGAAAGUAUCAGCUUAGUAUUCAGGGCAUGCCGGCGCGUAUUGUUUUUAUUAUAUUGGGAAAUUACACAUUACGAUUUUAUUAAUACUAUUAUUUGUUAUUUUUAUAUAUAUACCUAUAUAUAUGUGUAUAUGUAUGUAUGUAUUUGAAAUAAUAUUUAUGUAUGUAUGUAUCAUAAACGAUGUUGAACCAGGCUUCCAGGCUAAAGAUUUCGAUGACGUAGGACACGCGGCAGACAAAGGUGGGUUGUUUCGACCCAUGUCCCAAUUGAAACCUCAAUCCACUGCGACACCUCGACACACACUUUUGAAAAAAGCGGCUAACGAGCUUGACAAAACCCAAAGCAUUCGCUUAGCACAACUCUGAAACGAGCACGAAUGGAAUUCGCAGCUCCGACUAGCUGCGGCUAGACAAGAUUCGAAUACGAAAACCCAGACACAUUAGAUUUCGAUAAACGAACAUCUGGACGCCAAUGUAAGGAUCAUUUUUUCUAGGACAUUAUCAAAUUUCAUAAGUUAGCCAUGUCGCGAGGAGAAGAAACCCUAAAACCGCUGUGGAAUGUAUUUAAAUGUAUUACAAAUAUAAACAAAUACGCAAGGCCACGAAAAAUAAUAAGUAAAUUAUUAAACUAAAAACUAUGAAAACACAAGCAGAGCAUGCAACAAAAAAAUAAUACACAACAGACAUAGCUACACUAUUAUUAAACAAAUAAAGAUGGCAACCAGCUGACUAA